UGUACAGAAACACACGGUUAGAAUGACAGAAGUGAGAAAAAGAAAUCAAUGAGUUCACACUAUGACACAAGACAAUUCAAAAGGAUUAUAUUUAGAUAUCGUUGGAGCCUAAGAGGAGAGGAAAUCAUUUGGACAAGUCUAAAACUCUCUUCUGAUUUCAUCACAGCUAAUGGAGGAAGAGGGCACGUGGGGCAGGGAGAACAUCUCCAUGCGCGGGAAUGUUUCGCUGGGUUUAAAUGCCUCUUCCCCACUCUCUCUUCCCGGCUCGGAGUACAGUGACACAGAAGUGGUCUUGAUAAGCAUCCUGAUGGCACUGCUGGUUCUGGGAAUCGUCUUUGGCAACGUGCUGGUCAUCACCGCCAUCGUACGAUUCCAACGUCUGCAGACGGUCACCAACUACUUCAUCAGCUCCUUAGCCUGUGCCGAUUUAGUCAUGGGCCUGUUGGUGGUACCCUUCGGCACGUGUUACAUUCUCCUCAACACGUGGCGCUUCGGAAACUUCUUCUGCGAGUUUUGGACGGCCACUGAUGUGCUGUGCGUGACCGCUAGCAUUGAGACCUUGUGCGUGAUUGCUCUGGACCGGUACGUGGCGAUCAUGUGGCCCUUGCGGUAUCAGUCGAUGCUCACGAAGCGGAAGGCAUGCGGGGUGGUGUUGGGGGUAUGGGCGGUGGCCGCCCUUAUCUCGUUCUUACCCAUCUACAUGGAGUGGUGGGUGUCAGAUGAACCCGAGGCGUUGAGCUGCCUGGAGGACCCUUACUGUUGUGACUUCAACACCAACGCGGCAUACGCCGUCACCUCCUCCAUCGUCUCCUUCUACAUACCGCUGGUCAUCAUGGCUUUCGUUUACAGCCGGGUCUUCCUGGAGGCCCGUCAGCAGCUCCAGAAAAUUGACCGCAUUGAGGGGCGAAUACGGACUCAGAGCUUCAGCACCCAGGAGGGAAACGAGGUGAAGAACCGGAGGACCAAGUUCUGCAUGAAGGACCACAAAGCUCUGAAGACCUUGGGGAUCAUCAUGGGAACGUUCACGCUCUGUUGGCUGCCAUUUUUCGUGCUUAAUGUAGUGGCGGCCAUCUGGAAGAUGGACAACAUCACGUUGCCCUUCAGGAUCUUAAACUGGAUCGGCUACGCCAACUCAGGGUUCAACCCCCUGAUUUACUGCAAGAGCCCGGAGUUCAGAUGCGCAUUUCAGGAGAUCCUGUGCUUGAGAACAUCCCGCCUGGCUACCACCAGUAAUAAUAAAGGAUAUAUCUACAGCGGUCACAGCUGGAAGGUCCAGACGAAAACCACCAGGCAACGGGAACCUUCUGCAUCAAACUGUGAAACAGAGAUGGGUACUCGCUGUUUGACAGCAGACACCAAGAACACAAAUGGGAAUUGUAAUAAAGCUGUGACGUCCUUCGUUUAGGUGUUUUUGAACAUUUGUAAGCCCAUCCUUGAUGUACUAUAUAAAGUUUUGAAGCACUACAGAAAACUCUGGGGAGUGGAUCGUGGCAAACAUGGCUCGUUCCAUUCGAUCUUUCAAAACAUGAAGGUUUGCCUCAGAAUUAUAUUUAUGACUUAUUGUUGUGACAUUUUGUGAUGUGAUUCUGAACAAAUGGGAAAUAUGGACACUAACAUGAAUGGAUAUUAGCAACUGCACUGUUUGGGACAAAAAAAUAAAUCCUGUCAUCAUUUAUUCACCCUCAUGUGGUUCAAAAUCUGUAUAUGACUCUUUCUUCUGUGGAACACAAAAUAAGAUAUUUUGAGGUUUUGAGUUCAUACAAUGCAAGUCAAUGGGGACCAAAUGUUGUUUGGUCACCAACAUUCUUCAAAAUAUCUUCUUUUUUUGUUCAUCAGAAGAAAAAAGUCAUACGGGUUUGAAAUGACACAAGGUUGAAUAAAUUCAUUUUUGGCUAUACUGUCCCUUUCAGCGCGCAUGACAUCUUAAAGAAAAGAUGGAAAGCGAAAACAUCUACCUCCAGAUUCCACCUACUACCUCACUUUUACACAACUCGACUCGAAACAAAUCUUCGUAUUUAUUGCAUGUAUUAUAAAACGCCUCAACGUACACGCAAACAAACCAAGAAUCUGGAUUUGUACGCUAACACGUGGCGAAUGAAACGCAAAGGGCCGCCGAGGGCCGUUUUGUACCGUUACAUUCCGUGAAGAGCUCAAGCCGGGGUCUUCAGCACAGAUCCUUUCCACUGACCCUCCUCCAGAGAGGCGAAAUCUAACCGUCUGAUGGGGCACAACAGGUGCACAUUGCAGUCUGUGCUAUAUCCAGUUGUUCUUGUCGAAAGGGAAAAAAGCGAAAGAGCCAAGUGGCUCUCUUUGACCCCGGCACUUCCCCCUUAACAUUUCCACGGGGAAAUCAAUAUAAGGUUACGGCUGAAGAUUUAUCUAGAAAGGGUUAUGUCCUUAAGGGUUAAGUCUUGACAUUGCACGCACAAAUAAUGAAUGUAUAUUUAAUUCACAAAUAAGGUGCAAACCGAAGGUUUGUGUUAAACAGUAAAUGUAGUUCCUUUUUUUAAAUAAUGUUGUUGUGUAUCCCUAUAAGGUAUUUCAGAAGUCAGAUUGAAUUUUGUUAUUGUGGGACUGUUUACAGAUUCUGAAACAAACAGUCCAUAGGGCGAACACAGAUAUUGAUCCAGCAGAUAUUUUUUCAUGGGUUUGGUGUUUUUAGCGCAGCGUGUGUACUUGACUGAGACUAAUGACAGAGACAUUAGUGGAAAAUAUCUGACAUUAAAAAAAGGUUGUGAUUCUAAUGGCCAUGUACAGUACAGUUGCAUAACCUGUUGAUGUUAUUCACAUCAGAGUGCUCAUAAACGUGAGCUAUGGCUCCCUUGUGUGUGUGUGUGUGUGUGUGUGUGUGUGUGUGUGUGUGUGUGUGUGUGUGUGUGUGUGUGUGUGUGUGUGUGUGUGUGUGUGUGUGUGUGUGUGUGUGUGUGCGUGCGCGCGCGCGUGUGUGCGUGAGCCUCCAUUGUCGGACCCAUGUCCCCACAAGGAUAGUAAAACCUGAGAUGACUUACAAGGAAAACUUACUUAUAAACCUACUAAAUGUUGCUUAUUUUAACAUGUAAAUAUGCUAAAAGAUUUCUGUGAGGGUUUGGCUUAUAGAGGUGUGAUUUUUAGACGGUUUCAUUGGUAGUUCUCUUCCGGCCUGUGUUUGAUUAUAAUUAAACCAUUUAUUUUAUAUUUAAUUUAUAUCAAUAAAAUGUAUAUGAAUGUUUUAUUGUAUAUAGUAUUAAAUUAAAUUAAAACUACUCGACAGUUAUUGAUUCUUUGCGGAGGUCUACCGGAAGUUAAGUUUGGGCCACAUAACGUUUGUUUAUGUUGUUGCCUCUGAAGCCGUCUACAAACCUGUGUGUGACCUAUGUUAGAGAAGACAAAAACAGUUUGUGUGUCUGUAUUCCAGGCAGUAAGACAUUUGUAUUACUAAACUUCAGUAAAACAUCACUAUAGUGUUUUUGUGAUUCACGUUCUUUGUGUAGAAAAACUGCGAAGCUUGAAUUUCUUACGUCAUGUAACGUUAAAGCAUGUAUGGUGCUUUGUUUUGUGUACUGUUUUAGGCUACAUCACGCACAUAUCAUGCUUCUUUUGAAGCUGAAUCAUUAUUAGUAAGUCAACAUUGUCUUGGACACAUGUGGUAUAAAGCAUUUACUAGAAAUGACUGUGUUACCGUGUAAUGUUUGGACAGCAUAUCUUUGACUUAGUUUGUGCCAUUCCAGGAAACGAGAGCAACUGUUUCCUUUAACAAUUAAGAGGUUUUGUUUUUUAAAGUGUAUUCCUGUUCAUUUAUUUUUGUACGUCCUACCUGCUGCUGAAUGUCCAAAAGUGGUGAAUUAAAAGUUGUUUGU